AUGGCAUGGGUGGCUUGGGAGAAGGUGUAUGGCUCGAAACUAGAAGGGGGGAUGGGCAUGCGCAAUCUUGUGGUGUUUAGCAAGGCAAUGUUAGCAAAACAAGCGUGUCGAGUUUUUAAAUACCCUGAUUCGCUAAUGGCUAAGGUCUUGAAGAAUAAAUAUUUUCCUAACACAACCUUCAUGAAGAUGAAGGUGAGCCCGAUGGCUAGCUUCCCUUGGAAAUCUAUAUUGUCUGCUCGUGAUUUGCUCGACAAAGGAAUUCGAAAAGUGGUGGGAAAUGGGGCCAAUAUUGAUAUAUGGGACGAUACCUGGAUCCCUACGUUGCCUAGAUUCCACAUCAUGUCGCGAGUAAGGAGAAGUGAAAGCGCCAAAGACAGUGAAGGAGUUGAUAGCCAAUGGAGCUUCGAACAAAGAGGAGUUAUCCAGGUGAUUUUCGAGAUGGGAAGUUGA